AUGCUCUCUGGUUCACUAGUGCUUGUGUCUGGCAGCCCAGGUGCUGGAAAGAGCACUCUCCUGCUUCAGCUGGCGGGUCUGCUGGCUGAGGAGGCGCAGGGCUCGCAAACAGGAGGCUCACCGCGUGCCGUGCUUUACGUGUCGGGGGAAGAGCGAGAGGAGCAGCUGGCCACACGUGCAAAGAGGCUGGGCAUCACGGCAGACAACCUCUUCCUGCUCUCCGAGAACAACCUCGAGAGCAUACUGGAGGGCAUCACGGAAAUUGAGCCACGCGCUGUGAUAGUGGACUCCAUUCAGACCAUGCACCUGCCAGGUGUCACCGGCUCAUUGGGCAGUGUCAGCCAGGUGCGGGAGUGCACGCUGCUGUUGCUACUGGAGGCCAAGAACCGAGGCAUUCCCAUCUUCAUUGUGGGACAUGUGACUAAAGCGGGGGACGUGGCGGGACCAAGGGACCUGAAGCACAUAGUGGAUGUAGUGAUGCAUGUGGAGAGCGACAGGCAGGAUAGUCACCGCAUUCUUAGCACCAGCAAGAACCGAUUCGGCUCCACUGACGAGGUGGGUGUGUUCGAGAUGGCAGCACAGGGCAUGGUAGCAGUACCCAACCCCAGCCUCGCCUUCCUCCCGGCCAGUCGCACGCGGGGCAGUGCAGCGGUGGCGGUGGUCAUGCAUGGGAGCAGACCGUUGCUGCUGGAGGUGCAGGCUCUCUGCGUGAAGGCCAUUCCCAACAUCCCGCCCACCAGGACAGCCAACGGGGUGGACAUGUACCGCCUCACCAUUCUCACCAAAGUCAUGCGCCACGUUGGCCUGCCCAUCGGCUCUCGGGAUGUAGUGGUGAACGUGGUGGGGGGCAUGCAGGUGAAGGAGCCUGCUGCUGACCUUGCCAUUGCUGUCGCUAUUGCCAGCAGUCUGUACGAAAGCCCAGUGCCAGCAGACACGGCCUUCAUUGGCGAGAUUGGGCUCAACGGGGAGUUGAGAGGGGUGACUCAGCUGGAUCGGCGGGUGAAUGAGGUGGCCAAGCUUGGGUUUUCUCGCUGUGUUGUGCCGGCAAAGCAGUGGAAAGGGCAAGCAGCACCCAGUGGAUGUGAGGUGGUGAAAUGCGAGGGACUACGAGAUGCAUUGAAGGCAGUAGGGAUACAGAGCACAGGCUGCUGCGCCCGCUCCUCGCCCUUCUCUCUGUCCCCCUUUCUCCCCAUUUCCUCCCUCUCCCCCUUCGUCGUUGCGCAUCCCCGCCGCUUCUUCCGCCAACCCCUGCUCGCGCCUCCAAUGACGUCCCUCGCCGCGCAAAAUCUCUCUCGCGAGCUCGGCGCUCUUUCCGCCGCCCAGCGUUCCGACGUCGCGGAUUUCCCCGUCAGACAAACAUCUGUUCCUCUAGCGGGUGUGACUAAAACGAAUCGCCGCGUGCGAGCAGCUGCGGACUCCAGCAGCAGCGAAUCGCAAGGCGCGCCGUCGAAUGCGGUCAGCCGUCGAUCGCUGCUCGCCGUGUCGCUGUCUGCUGCGACUCUCGCACCGCUCCUGUCGCCGUCCCUCCCCUCGUUUAGUCCAGUGGCCCCAGCGCACGCUGCUGACGUGGAUCUGUCCCCUGCUGAGCUGGAGGCGGCAGUGCGGCGAGCAGUGGCGAAGGUGGUAACCAGAGCCAAGGCACCUGGCGCGCUGAGGAUCGUGUUUCACGACGCGGGGACGUACGACCUGGCGACCAACACAGGGGGGAUGAACGGGUCAGUGCGCUUUGAGUUGAAGCGGCCGGAAAAUGAUGGGCUCAAGCGAACCAUCAAAGUGCUCGAGAAGGCUCUCUUGGAGCUGGGACCCUUGGCAAAUGUGGUGUCAUGGGCCGAUCUCAUGGCAGUGGCGGGGGCAUACGCAGUGCAGUCGUGUGGCGGUCCGCACAUCCCUGUGCGCAUGGGCAGGCGGGAUGCCAGUGGACCCGACCCUGAGCACCGCAUGCCAGCAGAGACACUGAACGCCAAGGAGGUGGUUGCCAGCUUCAAGUCCAAGGGCUUCAGCCUUCAAGAAACGGUGUGUCUACUGGGAGCACACACUCUAGGAGGGAAGGGCUUUGGCGAUCCAACCACCUUUGACAAUUCAUACUACUCCAUUCUGCUAACCAAGCCAUGGCUCGACACGAGGAACAGCAUGGCAGACAUGAUCGGGUUGCCAUCAGACAAGGCCAUUGUGGACGAUGAUGACUGCCUUGUGUGGAUCAACAAGUAUGCCAACGAUCAGGAUCUCUUCUUCCGGGACUUUGUGCCGGCCUACACCAAGAUGGUCAACAGCGGGGCUGUGUGGGCAUGA